AUGGGAACGUUGGAUGUGCAACGUAACAAGGUGAACUUUUCCAGCGGGCGGACGUUCCUCUCGUCGUUCCGGGACGGCCUGAAAGAGACGCUCUUGCCGGACGAUCCCUUCCGCUAUCUCAAGGGCAAGUCGGCGUGCACGGUGGCGUGGGGCUACCUCAAGUAUUUUGUUCCCAUACUCGAAUGGGCGCCCCGGUACACGUUUGCCAAGUUCCGGUUCGAUCUCCUCGCCGGUAUCACCAUCACCAGCGUCGCCAUCCCCCAAGGCAUCAGCUACGCCCGCCUCGCCAACCUUCCGCCCAUCAUUGGCCUCUAUUCGAGCUUCAUUCCGCCGUUGGUCUACGCCGUCUUCGGCAGCUCCACUAACUUGGCUGUCGGGACCGUGGCCGGAGCGUCGCUGUUCAUGGGGUCCGUCAUCGGAACUGCAGUUUCGGCCACGGCGGACCCGCAGUUGUACAUUCAUCUGUUCUUCACGGCCGCCUUCUUCACCGGGAUCAUCGAAGCAGCGUUAGGAAUCUUCAGACUGGGAAUACUGGUGGAUUUCUUGUCGCGGUCCACCAUCACCGGAUUCAUGGGGGGAACUGCCGUCAUAGUAAUCACGCAACAGUUCAAGGGCUUCCUCGGGUUGAAGCAUUUGACCACCAAGACCGAUGUUGUCUCAGCGGUGCGUGCUCUGCUCGCCAAUAGAAAUCAGUGGAGAUGGGAGUCUGCAGCACUGGGACUCUGCUUCUUCGGCUUUUUGCUUUUCUGUAAGCACCUGAGAACCAGAGUUCCAAAACUCUUUUGGUUGUCGGUAAUCUCUCCUCUGCUUGUGGUCGUAUCGGGAUGCGUCUUCGCUUAUCUUGUGAAAGCAGAGGAUCAUGGAAUCCAAAUAGUUGGUCCAUUGAACAAAGGACUUAAUCCGGUCAGCAUUACUGAUCUAAAGUUCCAGUCUAACUAUAUUGGGACUAUCAUGAAGGCUUCAUUGAUUUCAGCUUUCCUGGCACUCUCAGAAGGAAUUGCAGUUGGCAGGAGCCUAGGAAUGCUGAAGAACGAGCAAAUAGAUGGGAACAAAGAGAUGAUAGCUUUUGGAUUAAUGAACAUUGUUGGUUCUUGCUUCUCAUGCUAUCUUACCACUGGUCCUUUUUCAAAGUCAGCAGUUAAUUAUCAUGCUGGGUGCAAGACAUCAAUGUCCAAUGUGGUUAUGUCAAUCUGCAUGAUGUUGGUCUUGCUCUUCUUGGCACCUCUCUUCAGGUACACUCCCCUGGUGGCUCUAUCUGCCAUCAUUGCUGUUGCCAUGAUUGGGCUUGUCGAGUAUGAAGAAGCUUAUCGCCUCUUCAAGGUGGACAAAUUUGACUUCUUAAUCUGCAUGUCUGCAUUCUUUGGUGUCAUAUUUUACAGUAUGACUGUUGGCCUCCUUAUUUCUGUAUGUUUAGCUGUGGUGAGGUCACUGUUGUACAUUGCCAGGCCCAGCACUUGCAAGCUUGGCAGCAUACGGGGAACAGAGAUGUAUUAUGAUGUGGAGCAAUACCCGGACUCAUAUGUCCACCCUGACAUCUUAAUCCUAAACUUAGGUUCCCCUAUUUACUAUGCCAAUGCUGGAUAUCUUAAAGAGAGGAUCUUAAGAUGGGUAGAGGAGGAAGAGAACACGAAGAAGAAGGAUGCAGAUCUGCAAUAUGUUAUUCUUGACAUGGGUGGAGUGACUUCGAUCGACAAUACUGGCAUUGGAAUGCUAUUUGACGUCCAUAAAAAUUUAGGGAGGAAAGGGAUCAAGAUUGCUCUAACAAAUCCCAGGCUGGAAGUUGCAGAGAAGUUGAUGUUGUCUCGCUACAUAGAGUUGAUCGGAGGCGAAGAUUGGGUGUUCCUUUCAGUGAAGGAGGCGGUGGCUGCGUGUCGCUUUUCUCUUCGAGAAUUAAGAUGUGAAGAAGAGUCAUCACUAUGAUC